CCGAACAAGCUACCGAGAAAAGCAACUACCUGAGAGGUAUAAAAGGGUUUACGAGGCAGCGUCAGAAACCAGCAAAGUAUACCUUGAACGGCUCUACCAUGCGUCUUGCUCUGCUUUCUUUCAUUGUUGCACCUCUCCUCACUGUUGUCGCCGGUGCUGCAGCCAACAUAGGAACUUACGGUCUCAGCAACCUCGCGAAGAGACAGGACGGUGUAUGCAAAGCGGCGGGGGAACAUUGUUGCAUUGAUGUAAAGUGUGAACCAUGCUGUGAAGGUACAUGCGUACCUAAAGAUAGCAGUAGUAGCGGAUCGGACGCCAUUGUCGGGAAGUGCCCUUCCCAGAGCUCUUGAUGAAUAGGUCAAGGGGAGACACCGACGUUAUGUGUGGAGGGUUGGAACGAGCUUGGCAAACCCACUCAGAGUAGUUGGUUGGGAUGUAACACCAGUUUGUUGACCAUCAGGAACGAAACUUGAUAUCGCUGCAUUUACGGUUAUUUCAUUACAAAAUUCCACCGCAGCUCUGUUCACGAGCCCAUUUAUCCGUUGAGGGUGCGGAAAGGAGUUAGAGUACUAGUCCAAGCUCGCGAGGUGCAAGCAAACAUAACAUAG